AUGGACCUGCUGUCUCCUAGAACCACAGCAAGUAAAAUAAGAGAGAAAGCGAGAAGUGUGAAUGGGAUCUUCCCCCUGCUGCUGUUAUUGGUGCUUGCUUUCCUUCUGAUGCUGGGUCUGAGUAGAGGUCUGGAUGAUGACCCCCCAAAUGAAAAGACUUUUGAGGAGGAGCAUAUAGACUAUCCUAAGACUAACCGCUUGUUCAGGUACUGUAACUCCAUGAUGCUAUUGAAAAGAAUCCGGGGUCCCAAUGACACCUGUAGACAGAGGCACAUAUUCAUCCAUGAGAAGCCAGACACCCUUGUGAGCAUCUGCACAAAUUUUUCUACUGUUGCUACAUGCAAGUACCCCUCCAGGAUGGACUGCCACCAGAGCCAUAUGAAGCUCCAGCUGACAGAAUGUGUACUCAGUGAAGGCAUAAAGUUUCCAGCAUGCAAGUACCACACUCAGCCCACAUUCAAGUCUAUCCUCUUCUUUUGUGAUGAUUUAGGGCCUGUAUACUUCUAUAAUACUGUGGAUGAUUCUUAG